GCGUAUAUUUCAUGCCAGCUUCUAUCAAAGCCUACUUUUUUUGUUUCUUGAGAAGAAAAUUGACUAAUUAAAUGGCGCACAAAUUAUACAUGCAUGUAUGUAUGUCUGUAUGAAGUUAGAAAAAGAAAAUUACAUUUUUCAAAUUAAAUAAAUUUCUACAUUUCUUUUUUGAAAUGUUUUUGGAAAAUAUUCGAAAAAUAAUUUUUUUGAAUUUGCAAAAUUCUUCAUUUUAUUUUAUUGCUCAAGGACUAAUGCAAUUAACGAUCCGAAUAAAAUAAGACUUGUGUCCUUAUCAACACCUCAAUUUUAAAUCAUAAAUUUAACUUUGUUUUUACACCUAUUGAUUUUUUAAAUAAAUGCACAUACAUUACAUAUAUUGAAUACUGUAUUGACCAUAUUUAGCAUCUGUUCUAAACUGCAUACACGUGUACAUACAUAUGUACAUAUAUGUUUUUUAUAUGUACAAAUAAUGAGCCUUAUUCUAGUUGUCGAAGUAGAGCGACAAUUGUCGUCACGACUUGAAUUUGCUAUUCUAAAUGGCGAUUACAGUGACACGUGUCGUGGAAUAGCGGGAAAAUGUGUUUCAGGUAUAUUCCAGUUGUCGUUGUAGAGCGACACAUGUCGUAGUGAAACGACGUUUUUUGUCGAAAAGUAUUUACCAAGUGACAAGCGAGAUGGAUACACCAAAAAUCGUAAAAGUAACAACAAGGAAGCAAUUUGAAGAAUUGGGGAAUUUUAUGACGGAGAACGCCUUUAUUGCGAAAGGCCUUAAAUUUGCUGAGAAUAGCUGCAUAAGCAAAUGCGAGUUUGAUGCAAAAUGGAACCAGCUAACAGAAAAGCUUAAUAGCUUGGGUCCGCCCAUUAGAAGUACUACAGGAUGGCAGAAGGUUUGGUGUGACUACAAAUUGAAGUUAAAAAAAAAACUGGCGCACAACAAAAAGGAGUUAAAUUCAACUGGCGGUGGUUUAUUUAAAUUAGCGCAACUAACUGCCAUGGAUGAAGGAAUCAUCAAUUUACUGUCUUUACAGAAAACAGUUCCACAUGACGCCGUAGUGUUUGGCAUUGACGAAAACUCAAAUUUUGCUCCCAAAGAAAGGAAUUUAAUAGAUACGCCAGUAAAUAUACAUGAAGUUGAAGAACAAGAACAAGACCAACAACAACAGUCAACAAGUGCUCAACAACCAUCAACUUCAAAAAGACGCCGCCAAGAAUCCUAUAAAGAAGAUUUAUUGGUUUCACAAACCGAAAUGUUAAGUAAAAUAUGUGAUUUCCUUGCAAAUUUCUAAAAUGUGAUUUUUAAUGCUGUGACAAUAAUAUGUGUGAUAAACUUUAAAGUAAAUGUAUUCACUAUAAGUGAUAUUAAUUAAGUUAACAAAUGCAAGUACAAAAAAAAGUC